GCAAGACAGGAAGGGACUGGGCGAGCACGGUCUGUUUACGACCGAAUCCGAUUUCGGCGCCACUUUACACAAAUUUGGCGUUUGAACAGAAAAUCAGAGCGAGAGCAGAGAGAGCGAGAGAGAGAGAGAGAGGUGCUAGCAAACUCUGCAAUGUCGAUAAAAGAGUGGAUUAACACCAACGAGAGCGCCAAAGAAAUGCUUGAAAGGGUUUUAACAGAACGUCCUUUCUUGCUUCUCCCUCCUCUUCACCGUGUUCCCCUACGUGUCGGUAACGUCGUUGAGAUCGUGGGCCCUUCUCCCUCCGCCAAAACCGAGAUUUUAAUUCAGGCUGCAAUCAGUUGCGUCCUUCCCAAACAGUGGAAUGGUGUGCAUUAUGGUGGGUUGGAGCGUCUAGUUAUGUACAUUGACUUGGAUUGUCGCUUUGACAUUCUACGCCUCUCACAAUCGCUAAAGCUGCGCAUAAUGGAAACUAAAAGAUCAAGUGAUCAAAUUGAUUGGAGCAGAGAAGAGGGUUUAUGUAAAUAUAAGGAAACGAAGGAAACAAUAGCUGAUUUUGAUGAGGAUCUAUUCUUAGCUUGCAUGAGACGGUUCUUGUAUGUUUGUUGCUACAAUAGUUUUGAAUUUUUGUCUACUCUUAAGACAUUGCAUUAUCAACUUCAGAAAGAAAGUGAAGCACAUGGUGUUGCUGUUCAUUUCCUCAUGAUUGACAGCAUAAGUGCUUUUUAUUGGAUAGAUCGAGCUUCAACGCCAUUGCCAUUGGGAUUUGAUAAAAGAAAGAGCCUUUCCCUUCAAACUGUAGCAGAAACUGUUGUUCAGGAGAUCCGGAAGCUUCUACAGAUGCAACCAAUGCUUGUUUUGGUGACAAAAGCAACCCUAUUUGGGGAUGGGUCUUUAACAAGCAAUGCAAAAAGGACUUUUAGAAAAUGGCAUUCACAAGAUACCUCGUAUUUAAGAACUUUACAACUAGAUGAUCAGAAAUAUUUGCAUCGUGAGUAUAUGCCUUCAGUCUGGCAGUUGUUUAUUACACAUAGGAUACUUUUAAGAGUUUCAGAUGAAGAAUGUGCUAAUGCCGAAAGUAGAAGUACACCAAUAUAUGUGUCUGAAUGGUUGCUGCCAUCACUAAGUUUCGUGGAUAAAUUUAUGGUGAAAGAUGCUGGUAUUUCAAUGGUUACAUGAAGGUAGUUGAAUUAGCAUGGAAUCGAGUCUUGCCUUGCCUAAUCCCUUUGAUCCUAUCAGGACGUUUGGAGCGUCGUGGCCCCGUCCAAAUCCCUGUUCUUCGUGUGGUCUGCUAUCCUAGACAGAAUACUUAUAAUUGAUCACCCACGAUCGAAGGGAAUGGUCUUGGUUAACAGGUGCAGCCUAUGCAAGGAGGGGGAGAGUAUUAAUCAUCUGCUGAUUUAUUCACCUGUUCAGGGUGCUUUUGGCUAUACCCAUGGAUCUCGGCAUGAUGGUUGCUAAACACGUUCCAACCCCUACCAACAACAUAUCUGACACUGCACAUCUCGUUAAUGGUGGGCCCCAUUUUUUUGGUUGUAAAGAAAUCAGAGGGUGUUUAAUGACUUCACUUCAGAGUUCCAAUUGAAGCUGUAAUUGGCAAGAUCGAAAGGGGUCAUUUUAACUGGGCUGGUCCGUACAGGGAACUUUCGGGUUUGUAGUGCCAACUCUGGGUUAACUGGGAUGAUCAGUUUGUAAUUUGAAAGCUUUAGAGCAUGACGAGGCUGUUGCAGCCAGUACAACGAUCCAAUGAAUUUCAGAAUCAGGUCGACCAUUUGAGUGUCAUAAGCAGGCUCCUCCAUCUGGACGUGGCUUACUCUCAGAUGAGUUUUCACAUGCCCUGUUGCAUAUUUGAGCUUGUUCUCUAAUUGUUUCAUGCUUGUAAAUCCAUUCCUGGUGCCCAUAACAAAUAGUUUUGGUUUUGGGACUGUAAGAUGGUUUUAUGAUGCCGCCUAAAGAGAUGGAUGCAGUGAAAUCAGAAGGGUAUCACCAUCUGGCAUAACCAACGACUUGUUCUACCAGAUCAGUGGCAAAGCUUGACAUAUGGUUGCACCUACAGAAGAACCGACCAACAAAAUCCUAUCAGUGGACAAAUUCUUGGCGAUCCAUUUGCGGGCAGAAACAACUCUAACUUCUCUAUGUCGAAGGUCACAACUCUGUAACUUCUCUACGCUAAUCCACUUGUA